AACAUUUUUAAACGUCGAUGUGGACUUUUAUUUUGAAAUGGUAAGCCAUUUCAAGCCAAACGAUGGUUUUGAAAACGAUUCUUUUUAAUCAACACGGUCAUUCACGCCUUAAGGGUUACGUCUAAACAAACCAGGGUGAAAAUAAAUAAUAUAGGAUUCUGACUUCAGAGAACUUUUGAUCUGUGAGUGCAGGACUCGGUUAAGUUCGGUUGCACGCGCACAAGGGCUUGGUCCGGGUGUAGCGCGAGCACCGGCUUGUGUUCACGUGCACGCGGACAGAUAUUUAACACCAAGGCAUGCUGAGAAAUAGCAUCUGACCCGCGAUGGUAAAUAAGAAACGGGCUCCUGCAGUUGUAGAAGAUGUCAGAUGUCACCAAGACCGUCCAGAAAUGGCAUGCAAGUUUAAAAAAGGGCACGGACUUUGAUUCCUGGGGCCAGUUGGUGGAGGCAAUUGAUGAGUACCAAAUACUCGCACGGCAGCUGCAGAAAGAGGUUCAGUCUCCAAAUUCUCAGGAUUUCACAGAGGAACAAAAGAAAACCCUGGGGAAAAUUGCAGCAUGUCUGGAGAUGCGAAGUUCAUCCUUACAGAGCACACAGUCCCAGGAGGAAUUUACCUUACAGGACCUGAAGAAACUGGAACCCAUCAUCAAAAAUAUUCUCACUUACAACAAAGAUUUCCCCUUCGAUGUCCAACCAGUGCCUUUGAGGAAAAUCUUUGCACCAGGUGAGGAAGAGAACCUAGAUGUCGAAGAGGAGCUGGACACGGCAACGGGGACUGGAUUAAUCCAGUCCUUUCCUGCCAGAGCAGCAGCUUUAUUACCUCGGCUUCCCUCCGAGCCUGGGAUGACACUGCUGACUCUGAAAAUUGAGAAGAUCGGUUUAAAAGAUGCAGGACAAUGCAUCGAACCUUACAUGACGAUUAGUGUCCGAGAUCUGGAUGGAGUCGAAUUAAACCCUGUUCAGGACACUCCAGUCUCAACACACAAAGAAGAUACGUACAUUCAUUUCGACGUAGAUGUGGAAAUCCAGAAACAUAUUGAGAAACUACCAAAAGGGGCUGCUAUUUUCUUUGAAUUCAAACACUACAAGCCCAAGAAGAAGUUCACCAGUACCAAGUGUUUUGCCUUCAUGGAGAUGGAUGAAAUCAAACCUGGCCCCAUCGUGAUCGAGCUGUACAAGAAGCCGACAGAUUUCAAGAGGAAGAAACUUAAUCUCCUUACGAAGAAGCCACUUUAUCUUCACCUGCAUCAAACUCUACACAAAGACUGAGCAGAAUACGAGCCAGUGAAAAAUCAUCAGGAUUGUUUAAUGGAAACAAGGAGAAUGUAAUAAGUCGACGAAGACAUCGAUACUGGCUGCGAUCUGUCCAUGUGAUGGUCAAGCAUCCACAGUGUUUGUGUCCAUUGUUUAUUACCACUAUGGAACAAGUCUGGACUCUCUACUAACUCAGCACUUAAUAACACUAUCACAACUAGCAAAUGUUUAAUGUAGCUAUCUUUCUUUAGGAGUCUGUGUGUUCCUGUUUAAAGAGUUUUCACCCGCUGUCUCAUGCAGAACGGUUCUUGUUCCGUCUUGCACGCACCGUAUUACACGUUUAAAGUCAGGGGGGGUUGUGACGGCUAGACCAAAGGCUUCUUUUCGUGUCGGAUUUUGAGAUGCGUUUUAAACCGUUGUCCAGCUGUAGAAGCUGGAAGCUUCUGGUUAUUGACUGAUGAUGUAUCAUUUGUUUUCAGGAUUUUCUGAUUUGUUUCCUGUACCACUGGCUGCCACACAACCCCAAAGCAUAACAGAACCAAUCAUAUGCUUAGUUGCAGAUCCUUAACGGUUUAGAGUUUUAAAAUUUUCCGCCCUGCCUUUACAUCCGGACGCCUUGAAAGUUCAUGAAAUAUGAAGUAACUAUGCACAUUAACCAGGCUAUUCAAUUACAUUUAGGUUGUUUAUGUAACUAGGCAUGUUCACUAAUCUAACUCAUCUAACCAACUAAUCAGGUACCUUACUCACAUAUACAACACACAAAUAUAAUAUUAAGAAUAAAUGACCUUUUGGAACUGUACAGUGGUGCGGCAUCAAUGGAGUGAUAUGUGCAUACAGAAUUGGUGUACCACAUCUGGACAAGCUCAGGAAAGAGCAUUACAACUUUUUUUGCCAAUGCCACUACAACUGUGGUUUUCCCUGUUGGUGCCAGACAGCAUUCUGGGAUAAAGUUGGCUGUGUAACGAAAGAUGGUCCCACAUACUUUAUUGGUGUACUAGGCCACACGAAACUAACAAGGCCAAGGUCAUUUUAGUUUUCACUAGAGCUCACCAUGGUCCAGAUCUGCAGUACCCAAGCCAGGUUGCUUGUACCUUUGGGUUGGCUGCCUUCAGGACACCACUCUCCGCUGGUGUACUUGCAGAUUGACUCUCAUUUUCCACAUUUGGAUAACUCAAAAAUCGUUAAGUAUUUACGCACGACAUCAGUGAACAGUCCGAGUCUUGAUCCGUCACUUUAUGGGGUGUUAAGGUGAAGGAACCCGGCCAUGUGAUCUGUCCAACACUCCGACCGCAUCCAGGACAUUUCCACCUUUUCCAUGUGGGGUGUAUCCAAGUGUUUCCAAACCUCAUCUGUCCUUUGUAUUCUUGCUGUCACAAUUAAGUCAUUAAAAUUAGUCUCCACCUCAUUCUCUGCAUAUUUUCAGGCGUUAUGAUUAAACGACAAACUCAACGCUCUAGUUCACACAAUGAUGUAGCUAUUAAAGUGAAAACACUUGUUCUGUCUUUUAUGAAGGAACUUUCAAGGAAAGUGUUAAAUAAAUAAAUAAAUAAUAAAUACUUUUGGCCAUAUCGCAUAUAUUCAUAAACACAAUCUUUAUAAUAACGAUCCGUGUUUUCCAACAUUACGUAUCUCUCAUAAAUCUUUUUCGUAAAUGUUUAUAUGACCCUUCUGUAUUUCUAGGGGACGUGUACAGAAUAAUGUUUGAAUAUAAUAUUAAAACAUUUCAGAUAUUUGAGUUGUUUAAUAAAUGCCUGUAAACUUUAUCCAGUGUGCAAUAAUAGCUUUUAUAAAAAGUCUUGUUAUACACUGCAAUCUCUUUUCAUUUAAUCCUGAUCAUAUCAUGUUCUUAUCCAAAUAAACUAUUUAAAGUCUCAAAACUGCACAAUUUGAA